GUGGGACUUCCGGCGUUGCCUGAGUGGACGUCCGUUGGUGUCGUGGCGGGAAUUUGGGGACGAAGCGGGGUUAGGACAGCGGGACGGCUUGCCCGCGCCUUUGUGGCACCCGGGGAAAGGUCAGCUGAGCCUGCGGGACGCCCGGCUUCACCGCGCAGUCCGAUGGCGACUCUGAUGGAGACGGCGCAGGUGUUGGUGACAUUCAAAGAUGUGGCCGUGACCUUUACUCAGGAAGAGUGGGGAUGGCUUGACCUGGACCAGAGGACCCUGUACUGGGAGGUGAUGCUGGAGACCUGCAGGUUCCUGGUCUCACUGGGUCAUCCGGUUCCCAAGCCAGAGUUGACCCACCUGCUAGAGCAUGGACAAGAGCUGUGGAUGGCGAAGAGAGGCAUCUCACGUAGCACCUGUCCAGGUGACAGAGCAAAACUUCAGACCAGUGAGCCAAGCACUUCUCAGCCAGCUUUGUGUGAGGGAGCCUUGUUCAAGGGAAGCCUGACUCCGGGAUCUUCAAGGGACUCCAGGUUGGGGCAAGCCAGUGAUCGGGAAGGGUUUUUGGAAAUGAGGCCAGAGACAGACUCCCACAAGGAAACUCAUCCUGGGAAAAUGAGCCUUGAUGGAUUAAGGGCAGAUGAUGGUGUUACAGGAGUGUUACAGGAGAGAGUCUCUAGGGCAGAUGUUCUCUAUGAAUGUGAUCCGCAAGAACCAGGGAAAGGCCCCACGAUUCACACCGGGAAUAACCUCUACAAAUGCAAGCAGUGUGGGAAAAGUUUCAGCAGGAAGUGGUAUCUCGUUCACCAUCAGCAGGUUCACGUGGGAAUGAAGCCCCACGAAUGCAACACAUGCGGAAAAGCCUUCAGCAGGAAGUGGUACCUUGUUCGCCAUCAGCAUGUUCACACGGGAAUGAAGCCCUACAAAUGCAACACCUGUGGUAAAGCCUUUAGCCAGAGCUCCACCCUUAUUCGGCACUACCUCAUCCACAGCGGGGAGAAACCCUACACGUGCACGGAGUGCGGGAAGGCCUUCAGGCGCAGGUCCUACCUUGUGCAGCACCGCCCCAUCCACACAGGGGAGAAGCCCUAUGAGUGCAGCCAAUGUCGGAAGGCCUUCAGCCACCGCUCGACCUUCAUUCGCCACAACAGGACCCACACUGGAGAAAGACCCUUUGAGUGCAAAGAAUGUGCAAAGUCAUUCAGCAACAGAGCGCACCUCAUCCAGCACUAUGUCACCCACACGGGGAAGAAGCCAUAUGAAUGCAUGGCCUGCAGGAAGGCCUUUCGGUGCAGCGCUGAGCUCCUGCAGCACCAGCGGAUCCACACGGGCGAGAAGCCGUAUGAGUGCGCGGUCUGUGGGAAGGCCUUCCACCGGAGUACGUACCUCCUGCAGCAUGCUGUCAUCCACACCGGGGAGACUCCAUACAGGUGCCUCGCAUGUGGUAAAGCCUUCAAACGCAGGUCCUACCUCCUGCAGCACCAGCGGGUUCACACCUGAGAAGCCAGGACUGUAGUGCUGGGACUGUAGAAAGGCCUUUCAUAAGGGGAUCCACACUGGAGGAAUGUUGGAAAGUUUGUUUUUUAUUUUUUAUUUUUUGUCAAUUCUUUAAACACACUAAGUAGUCACCUUGGAGAGAAGCUCUGUAAAUGCAGUGAAUAGAAGGAAGCCUUCAGCCGCUGCUCAGCCCUCCCUCAUGGAAGUGAUAGGGUACAUAGGAAGGUAGAGAUAAGCAGAAGGAGAAAACUAGCCCUGGUUAGGAGAUCCCUUGUAGCUGCUCUUGGAGCAUUAAUGGCAAUAUGUCUUUCACUGUAAUAUUUUUUUUUUAAUUUAAACAUUAACCAUAUUUCUUGAUCACACUUGUACAUCCUGCUUCUCAGGACCAUUUUAAUAAACUUCCCAAAUAAAUCAUGGGGAAUUAAUGGGUUUAUGUUUGCCCCCGGAGAAACAACCUUGGGAAUCAAAAGGGAGGACAGGGCACGUCAGCAGAGAGAGAGGAAGAUAAUAGAGAGGGAGAGGUGGAGACAGUUCUACCCAUAGAAAUAAAAAUCCUCACACAAUGUAAGGGGAUGCUGCUUCCCUCACUUGGGUCAGCCCGCUCCAUGUCUCUGAGUGUACUUGCUUUUACUAAUAAACUUCUUGCUGUCCUAUGCUGCACAAACUGUCUCUUGACUGAAUUCUUUCCGCCAAGAAAGCAAGAACCUAGGUACAAACAUCAUUCCCAGUAACAGAAGGACUCCUACCUGAAAGGAAAGACGCAUGUCACCAGUGGGCCCACCUCCAUCAACAUCAGAGAACUUACUGGGGAAAGUCAUUCUGAAUAUAACUACUAAGGACAGUCUUUAGCCAAAAGAAAAAAUCUAACCUGCCAUUUGAGAAAUCAUAAUGAAGAGGAGCCACAUAAUUGUCAUCGCUGUGGGAAGACCUGUGGCAGGUCACCAUUUGUCAUGAAGGGUCCUAUUGGAAUUUCACACAGCCUGGGCCUUGCUAUACCUGUGAGAGAAGUACAUAGGAC